CAGACUCUCUCCUUCAACAAGGUCGUUGACAAAUUCCACCACCCAAUUCUUCAGUCAGAUUGAGUGAACUCUGAUCACUUAUCAGCGGGCAUCGUUACUGCUGUAGAGAUACGAGCUGAGUAUCCCUGUCACCAUGAAAUUCAGUGUUGUGCCCCUCCUUUUCGGAGCAACCUCCGCCGUUGCCUCCAGACUUUAUGCUGCCUCGUACGCAGGCACCGUGACCACCCUGUCCUUGUCCCAAUCCUCCAAAGGACAAUAUGAGUUGGAAACAGUGGCCCAGUCCACUGACUGUGGUACCAACCCGUCUUGGCUGAUGCUGGACCACGACAACCGUGUCCUGUACUGCCUGGACGAAGCUGUUGACUUGGCCAACGGUACCCUGACCUCCUUUGCCAUCCGGCCUAAUGGCACCCUAUCCAAGGUGGUACAGCUGGAGACCAUCGCCGGCCCAGUCAUGUCGCAGUUCUAUUCGGCACCGGGAGUGCCACACCGCAAGUUCUUUGCCGUGGCUCAUUAUGAGGGAUCCGCUGUCACCAGCUACUCCCUUGACCCCGUCAGUGGUGUCUUCAACCGCUCCCAAACCUUCACCUACACCCUUCCGGCCCCCGGUCCCGUCGCAGACAGACAGGACGCCCCCCACUCCCACGGUGUCGUCGUCGACCCGACAGGACGGUUCGUCCUCGUGCCUGAUCUCGGUGCUGACCUGAUUCGCAUCUUCCACAUCAACCCUUCUACGGGCCUCCUUGAACCCCAAGCUCCCCUCGUAGCAGCACCUGGCUCCGGUCCUCGUCACGGUGUCUUCUGGACACCUGCGGGAACCACCGCCAAGCAGGCCAAGCACGAAGAUGUCGUGUUCUACCUGACAUCAGAACUGAACAACCACGUCACCGGCUACAAGGUGACGUAUCCAUCUAACGGAACCAUCUCCUUCACGGAAUUCUAUACCGCCAACUCCUACGGCGGUGCUGUUCCCCCGAAUGGUUCCAAGGUCGCCGAGAUUGCCAUCUCCCCCCAAAACAACCGCCUCGUCGUCAGCAACCGCGACGACAACACUUUCGGCACUAACAACGAUUCCAUCGCCGUCUUCAACUGCGCUGACGAGACUGGCAGCCGUCCUACCAACGUCACCUUUGGUGGUCUAUACCCUGCUUAUGGGUCGUCGCCGCGCCAGUUUGAGAUGUCGGCACGCAACGAGAUGAUUGCCGAGGCAUUGCAGAAUUCCCAUGCGGUGGGUGUGACGAAGUGGAAUGGAAAGACCGGAAAGCCGGUGCCGCUUGUUGCGUACAAGUCUCUGGUUGGUGAGGUGGUCUCCGUUGUUUGGGAUGAGUAGGCAAUGCCUUAGUUGGUUAGUUGUUUGGUGCAUGUGGGAAUGCACUUAGUUUGGUGUGGUAUUUCAGGGUAUGCUGCGAAGGGGACACUCCUGUCGUUUAUUGACUUUCUUUCUUGGUUAAUGGCCCUC